UUCAUUUACAGCCACACCGAAUUUGCCUAAAGUCGCCCCAGCUCAGUUGGAGUUAUCCGGCUCCUGAGGAUAGGAGAAGAUAGCGAAAGUGGAGAAGAAAGCCUCUUUAUUCAGUGAAGAAUACCUCCAUGGAAGCAGGAAGGAGCGUCCUUUAUACUCCUCCUCCUUCAAUCUCCAGAACCCACCUCAGAAAUCCACUCUCCCUUUCUUCAGUUGUGAGGCUGCAUGGUCAAGUAAGCCGAGCGAUUUUCAGUACCCCAACAAAAUCUGCAGAUCGGCAUUUCAAUACAUCUAUUCUCACACAAGAGCAACAUAAUUACUAUAGCAGCUCUUACGGUAUCCAGGAAGAAAAAGGGGCCCAGGCAAUCUUUGAUUUGCAAAGUUUGGAGGAUGGUUCUCUUUCUUCUGACGAGAGAGGAAAACAUCAUUUUGACGUUUAUUUGAAACAUUUGGAACGCCGUCUACUUUAUGAUCCAGGGUUAUGGUAUUCAUUUCUCACUAAAUACAAUUUGGAAAAGGCUGUCAUGAGAACCACAGAGUUGAUCAAUAAUAAAAAAGCAGGUGUGGGUGUUGAACUGAUGGAAACAGAACAGGCUAAUACAAGUACUAUGCGUCCAGAGGACGUUCUUGAACUUGCUAGAAGAGCCUUAAUGGCUUCUCGAGAUGCUGCAUUAUUAGCAGAAAAAUCUAACAGCUUCUCACAUGAGCUUGUGGAAAAAAUUAAGGUUCCAAGUGAAUCUAGCACUGAAAGUAUGAUUGGGGAAAAGAAAGCAGUGAGAUCAAGAAAGCUUUUGGAGAGGCAGUCUAAGAAACGAAAUGUCUUCAAGAAUUCAAGCAAUGUUCCUUCUGUAACUUCCAUGGCUACGGACAACGUUAAAGUCAAGAGGAUAGAUAAAAUAUUUGACAAUAACGACCCUCUAAGAUUGUUUUUGUGGGGUUCUGAGACAAAGAAGCUAUUAACAAUUGCAGAAGAAAAAGAAUUAUUUGCUCAGAUACAGGAUCUUAUGGAAAUGGAUGUGGUUAAAGAAAAGCUUCACAUGCAAUUUGGCCGUGAACCAACACUGAUCGAGUGGGCUGAAGCUGUUGGAAUGAGCUUCCAUGAUCUGCAGGCCUGCAUUUCGUCUGGAAUGCACAGUCGAAACAGAGUGAUUUAUGCUAAUUUCCGCCUUGUUGUCCAUAUUGCUAAGCAGUAUGAAGGAAAGGGGCUCAACAUUCAGGAUCUACUGCAGGAAGGAAGUAUGGGACUAAUGAAGAGUUUGGAGAAGUUCAAGCCUAAAAUUGGAUGCAGAUUCUCAACCUAUGCGUAUUGGUGGAUACGCCAAUCAAUCAGGAAAGCCAUUUUCCAGCAUUCUCGAACAAUCCGCUUGCCAGAAAAUGUGUUUGCAGAACUGAAAAUAAUUAAAGAUGCGAGGAGAAUUUGCUUACAGGAAGGUCUGACUCCUACAAAUGAAGAAGUGGCUAAACGAGCUGGCAUGCAUGUUGGCAAGUUAGUGAACUUGUUGAAGAUAUCGAGAAAUCCCAUUUCAAUCCAAGGCCAUACUUGGAUUGACCAGGACAUAACUUUUCAGGAGAUUACCGCAGACCCAGAGAUCGAAAUACCGAAGAUCGUCAUUGAGAAGCAAAUGAUGAGACAGCAUGUACACAGCCUUCUUGGAGUUCUCAGCCCCAGGGAGAGGAAGUUAAUAAGGCUCAGAUUUGGCAUCCAGUACAGUGAACCAAAAUCACUUCAACAAAUAGGUGACAUGUUUGGGAUAUCUAAAGAGAGGGUCAGGCAACUGGAAAGUCAGGCUCUGAAAAAAUUGAGAGCAUGUAGCUCAAGCCAGGGGCUUGGGGCAUACGCAGAAUUGUUAAGUUAAGUGACUCUUGUAUACUGUCAUUACUUCAUGCUCUUCAACUUGUUUUACUUGCUUACUUCUGAUGAACUGUGUAAUUGAAUGUAUAUACUAUAUCCUUACAUUUUACUGUUAUCUGAAUUGGAGAGUUGCUACUUUUAUCC